GACACCUCCUGCGCGAGCCAGUCCGACGUUACCUCUGCAGAGGAAAACGCGAUGGACCCGUAAACACACGCACACAUUUCUUUAUUAGUCUCGUUGUUAUUGUUUCCGCCUCCUCUCAGCCGCGGUGAACGACGUUGGCGCGUAAAGACCGCCGCUUUCUCCCGCAUUCAUUCGAGGCGUAAACAGGGCGGCGCAGCGAUGUGGAUCCAGGUUCGUACUAUAGACGGGAAGGAGACGCGAACCGUGGAGGAUCUGUCGAGGCUGACCAGAAUUGAGUCCCUUCGGCUGAAAAUACAGGACAUCUUCAACGUGGGCCCGCAGCAGCAGCGCCUCUUCUACCGAGGGAAGCAGAUGGAAGAUGGCCAGACACUGUUUGAUUACAACGUUGGCCUCAACGACAUCGUCCAGUUGCUGAUUCGCUCUCAGACCGACCCUCCGGACAGCCCUGCCGCCAAGGACUUCUCAGGCGUCGCCUGCAGCUCAGCUCCCCCACCUGACUCCCAGUCUGAAAGCCAUAACUCCCCAGUUCCCGUUUCCCCUGCCGAUAUGGAAACCAACACCAACAUAGACAAUGACGGCAGCAGCAGCAUCACUACCAGCACCAUUAAGGAAACCAAGCCUGACACCAGCGUCACCAGUAACUCAACCAGUAGUACCAAAAAUGGCUUCAAGUCCUCCAGUCCAGUACGGGACACCCAGCCCCCUACAUCCAGCAAAAACGCACUAGUUGACCCGGGAAUCGGCGUGUACAAGAUUAACGAGCUGGUGGAUUGCAGAGACGUCAGCAUCGGUGCCUGGUUUGAGGCCUGCAUCGAAAAUGUGACAGAGGCUCCCAAAGGACAGAUAACGCCCACCAAGGGCAAGGUGGGCCGGCCCCCAAAAAGGACUAACGGAAAGCUGGAGGCCGAGCAGGGACAGGCCCACAGCCAGGACCAAAACAUAGACCGUAACAGGAAUAAUGUUGUGUUCACCUCGGAGAGCAAUGGAGCCUCCACCUCUCAGACAGACUCUACAGCUGCUACGGAGAGCAAGGAGAGAGAAGAGGACAUCCUUUAUCACAUUAAAUAUGAUGACUACCCGGAGAAUGGCGUGGUGGAGAUGCGACUGCUGGACGUGCGGCCACGCGCCAGGACCCUGCUGCGGUGGGACCAGCUUCAGGUGGGCAUGCAUGUGAUGGUCAACUACAAUAUGGAGACGCCAGAUGAGAGGGGCUUCUGGUUCGACGCCGAGAUUCAAACGCUCAACCAGGCCUCUCGCACCAACAAGGAGCUCCGAGUCAAGAUCCUCCUCGGUGGUCCUGGAGAUGUGAUUGGGGAUUGUAAGGUUCAGUUUCUGGAUGAAAUCUACCAGGUGGAGAAACCAGGAGCUUGCGCACUCUCAGCCGCAGAUGGACAAUUUAAACGAAAGAGCGGACCAGAGUGCAAGCACUGCAAGGCCGACCCCGAGGCCGAGUGUCGCUUCUGCUCCUGCUGCGUGUGCGGCGGCAAGCAGGACGCUCACAUGCAGCUCUUGUGCGACGAGUGCAACAUGGCGUUUCACAUCUACUGCCUCAACCCGCCGCUGGCCACCAUCCCAGAUGACGAGGACUGGUACUGUCCCACCUGUAAGAAUGACACCAGUGAGGUGGUGAAAGCCGGAGAGAAGCUCAAAGCCAGCAAGAAGAAAGCCAAGAUGCCUUCGGCGACGACUGAGAGUCAAAGGGACUGGGGAAAGGGUAUGGCUUGUGUGGGUCGUACUAAAGAAUGCACAAUUGUUCCUUCAAACCACUAUGGACCAAUACCUGGAGUUCCUGUUGGAACCACCUGGAAAUUCAGAGUACAGGUGAGCGAGGCAGGUGUUCACAGGCCACAUGUCGGUGGUAUCCAUGGACGCAGUAACGAUGGCUCCUAUUCGCUGGUGUUGGCCGGGGGCUUUGAGGAUGAAGUGGACCGGGGAGAUGAGUUCACCUACACAGGCAGCGGGGGUCGUGACCUCUCGGGAAACAAACGAAUCGGAGAGCACUCAUUUGACCAGACCCUGACACACAUGAACAGGGCAUUGGCCUUAAACUGCGACGCACCUCUGAAUGACAAAGACGGGGCUGAGUCGAGGAACUGGCGGGCGGGAAAGCCGGUGAGGGUUGUGCGCAGCUCCAAAGGUCGACGCAUUAGCAAAUACGCCCCAGAGGAAGGAAACCGCUAUGACGGUAUUUACAAGGUGGUAAAGUACUGGCCAGAGAUUGGAAAGUGUGGUUACUUGGUGUGGCGGUACUUGCUGAGACGGGAUGAUCUGGAACCAGCACCGUGGACACCGGAAGGACUAGAGAGGAUCAAGAAACUGGGCCUCGCUGUUCAGUACCCGCCGGGCUACUUGGCGGCUAUGGCUAACAAAACAAAGAAGGAGGCCUGUGCCAGACCUGGUCGCGGCGGCCGGGGUAAGCACCAUCCCGGGAGGGGGAGGCCACGGAGGCAGCGCAAGAUCAAGGAGAAAGAGGAGUUUGAUGAGGAAGAUGAGGACAUGGAGCCGAUGGCCUGUGUAGAAGAGGAGGCGAUGCAAAGUAACGGAGAGGAGAUGACAACCAGAGAAACUGAAUCGUCACCAGCAGCAGAGCAUCCGUCUAAACGUGUGAAGAUAGAGGAGACCUUCCAGCUGUCAGAGCAGCAGCAGCAGUUGAUCCGAGAGGACACAGCCAACAAGAAACUCUGGGAUGAAGCCAUGGAAAACCUCAAAGAGGGGCCGAAUUUCCUGCGCAAGAUGGAGCAGAUCUUCAUGUGCGUGUGCUGCCAGGAGCUGGCCUACCAACCCAUCACCACCGUCUGCUCACACAAUGUUUGCAAGACUUGUCUCCAGCGGUCGUUUCGAGCGCAGGUGUACACCUGCCCCGCCUGCCGCCACGACCUGGGCAAGGACUACGUCAUGACCCAAAACAAGAUGCUCCAGAUGCUGCUCGACCAGUUCUUUCCCGGCUACAGCAAGGGCCGAUGAGGUUGAACUAAAACCCCAUUUAUACGUAGAAUACGUACAUAAACGCACAUAAGCAGCCGUUCUGUGCACCCGUGUAUACCGUCAAGUACCUAGAGCUCCACUUUAAAAAGCAUCGCGCACACUUACUGUACUUACCAACGGGCAAAUGUAUAUUGCAUAUACAACCAUUUAUUGUAUACAAUCAUUCAUACACAAACAACCUCAGUAGGGACUGACCUCAUCUGUUGAACUUGGACUGUCUCCAUUAACAUCACCAGCCUGAAAUUCAACCAAGGACAUUUUUAAACCUCCCUACUCCUGCCACAAAAACGCACAAACAAAAACAGCCCCAACUCUUGCACCCACUCAUCAUCUGAAUAUCUCGGCUCAUUUUACAGUUGUCGUCCACUGGUUCCGUUAAUGAACCGCACGUUGUUAGAGUGUGUACUUCCAGCAAUAUCAUGGAGUCGGUCAUUAGGUUCCUGCCAACCUGUUUGCAUUUUGCGUACCACGUUAUGGAGCUUCACACCAAAAUGAGUGUUGUUCUCAGGUGGGAAAUAACAUAGUGAGGUUAAUAGCGUGAUAUAAUGGUAAUAUCACAAUGUUAAAAUGAUCAUACAAUAGAAUUUCUAUUGUAAUUUCUACUCAUUUAUAUAUAAGACAAAGCACACAAUCUUUUCUGACCUUGGAGCACUUUAUUACCAUUUUGUAGGUUAAUCAGGAGCAUUUGUUAGCAUCCCGCUAGCUUCUCAUGUCACUUGGAAUGAUGCCACUGCCACGCUCGGAGCUAAUAAGAUCAGUAAAUGUCUCACCACGCUGGGUGAACUUUCAGAGCGUUUUCAGAGAACAGAAAUUGGCAGCUGUGUCCGGGUUGUUUUGAGCGUUGGAAGAUUUCUGGCUCAGUUAGAACCACGAUUUUGUGAAAUACUUUAUGAAUCCAAUCAAAAAAGAUGUCGACUCUGUCCUUAGAUGUGAUGUGGAGUGAGAACAAGGCAAACACACCAAAGACAUGAGGCUGAGAACAGAUCAGACGUAUAAGAAAUCUGCUUUUAAAAAAGUGAUUCCUGAAAAGUAAUAACUUCUAAAAAAUAAAUGCAAUAUUCAGCAUGUUACACAAAUUAUAUUCUUUCUUUAGCGUGUCCCUUUUUCUUUCCACUUCCAUGCAGCUGAAAUAAAAGGACACAUGUCUGGAUCUCCACCAUAAUGAAACCUCUAACACUGUACAAAUAUUUUAUUUAUCUAUAAUGAAGUUCUCACAUACUUGUACUCUCACUCUGGGAUUCAUUUUUUCAUUAAGAGGAAAUCUACUAAAUUGUCCUUGAGCUUUACCUGACUAUAUCCUGCUACUUCCUCCGUCUACCAGAGAAAGGCUGUAGUGGUGUAAUGGACAUAAAAGAUUUACAUUAGAUUACAAAAAGAUUUAGUUCUCUGAAAUGCUCGUUGGGUGUGACGUGCGCUGCUUUGCACAUCGAUUUCAAUCACGCUGUAGUCGUCCCUGGUGUUACCAAGCAACCACAAUCAAUCCGGACUCCACACAAAGACGUUUAGCAUAGAUAUUAAUCUGCCGUUGUUCUUCCUGUUAGAGCUCUGGGUGUUCGGCUUGAUCUGAUUCUCAUCCAUUGAGAGAAAAAAAUUAAUCCAGUGAGUGAUUGCACAACCAGGAUGAUGACAGUUACGUACAGCUGUCUCAGUGAUUUCUGUUCCCUUACAAAGAGCUUUUUAAUACGAUGGAUCCGCACCAUCAGAGGCUCAGGGCCGCUGCUAAAUUGUGCAGUGCCCCAGAGUUUCCUUAAGUUCUUAAACUAUUCUAUAAUCAGGAAUUUACUGACUUCAAAUUAUACUUCUGCAGGUUUUCAACAGCGCUUAUGUGAGAGUUCAGUGGUGGAUAGGUUUUAAUUCAUACGUUACUGAAUGUUUCAGUAGGUGUUGUGUCUCGUUACACUUGAAUACACGUUUAAGUGCAAAGUAAAGUUUAAUUUCUGUCUUCCCUAUAGUCAGUCAGAACUACUGGAUUUACUAUAGUUACUCUAGAUAAGACAUAUGAUUGAGAGGAUGAGUAAUGUAUAAAGGAUGAGCUCCUGUACUGCAGACAGCUGAUGCCUUGGAUACUUAAGCUGUUCACCUCUAGCUGUAGCUAGAGGUGAAUGUUUUAUCAAUCACAACCUAGAAACUCGUUUGCAUCCCCGGGUAUCACGUCUAAUCUACCAUUGUAUACAGGAUGUGAACUUUCCUCAGAUGGAGACGACUAAAAGACACAUGAACAAUAUUUUGCCCCCAAAUCCCAGUUUCAGUUCAAAUUUUCUAAGUGAUUCCAAAUGUUCAAUUCAAAGUCUGAAUUGCAAUUGGGAUUGAUUUAUACAAUUUAUUUGUUAACUUUUUUAAUACUAGACUAGAGGGGAAAAAACAACACUACAAUUCUGAUUGUAUUUCAUUUUACAUCAAUGUCAAGAGUUUUAUUUCAGCUGCAUCUUUCCUAUGAAUAAACCCCUUGGCUCUGUCUUAAAGCCAUGCAAAGCAAACCUAACCAGAAGUCUGUCAUUAAGAUUAUAACUUAGAAGACCACAGGCCAAUAGAGAAUGUUUCUACCCUGUAGCCGCUAGCUCACACUAAAUAUUCAUUCAAGAAUCAACACAGCGAUCUUGACUGAUAAUAAGUUACUAAAAUCCUGUUUUUCUUAUUACAGACCUUUACUUAUCGGUUGUUAUCCAGUGGAUUCAGCCUGAUCGGUGUAAACUGCCCCUCUGUGACUUUGAAAUGCACUUAUCGUUCUCUUUUAAUGACUAUGUAAAAAUGUUGGAUUUGGUUUUACCUUCCUUUUUGGACCUUUCACAGUAUUGUGAGACUGUAAUGUAGUGAUUACUGAGGCUUAGUAACACAUGUAUUAUUCAGUUUGUCAGAGGAAAAAAAAAAGUUUUAUCUUAAGCAGCUAACAGAGAUUUUCUUUUUUCCCAGUACUGAAGUGGUACUUUAAAAUGUCCAGGGUUGGCAGGUCUGAUGAGAACUAAAACAAAACCAUUCCAUGGAGAGCACGCAGCCAGCAGCAGAGCCUCGUCGCUGAUCUGAGAUCUGCACAGAGCUAUAAUAUUCAAAAUAUUUUCCAAGUGUGAAUUAUUUUUGUUAGAAAGCGUCGCCCUCGUUCACUGACACCAUCACGUUCACCUGUAACAGCCUUCAAGGUAAAGCCAUGUUUUCUGCCGAGCUGAGACGACGCGUCGAAGCUGUCUGUUAAUGGUGACGUCCUCGUUUCUGUUCAAUCAUUCAGGAUCUUUUUUUGUUUUCAACAUGCAAGUACAAUAUGCUAUAUGGUCUUUAAAGCUAACUGUGAUGUGCAUUUCUUCCACUGUUGCUUAAUCUUGUUCAAAGAUUAUUUUCUUCCUGGAAAAGCGAAUAUCCCUCCUUUCUUUCUCCGCUGUGACCUUCGCUCCCUCGCCUCUCUCCCCCGCUGUCUCCUGCUCUCCGUGAACCUACAGUACUAACGAUUUUUAGACGUCUUGUGGACGCUUGGCUUCAGUGCUGUGUUGUUCCUUUUUUUCAUUUUCUAUUGCACUCUGUUGAAGAAAACUCAUUUUCUUAGAAUGCUUACUAUUAUCUAUGUCUGUGCGCCAUUUUUCUACCAUUUUAGUUGCUUCUCUAUUUCUUAUUUUAAUCAUUAGACAUUUUGUAUGUGGCAACCUCGAGCAUUGCAGCAUAUGCCGGUCUGAGGAGUUCCAUUGCUUCAUAUUGUGAUCUGAAAUUUUAUACAUGUCAUAAUAAUACUUGAUAUGUACCUAUUAAAUAUUUGGA